AUGAAGUCCAUGUUUGCCCGUCAUGGCAUUCCUUAUGAAGUGCGAAGCGAUAAUGGUCCUCAAUAUACUUCCAAGGAAUUCAAAGAUUUCUCCAGAAAUUGGUGUUUCGAAUAUAAAACGUCGAGUCCAUAUAACCCACAAGGAAAUGGUCGUGCAGAGAAAACCGUUCAAACCGUGAAAAGAAUGUUAGAAAAAGCAAGGAUAGAUGGAAAGGAUCCAUAUAUCAGUUUACUAGAAUACCGGAACACGCCAACAGACGUUGAAUCUCCGGCAAAACUACUCAUGAGCCGACAACUUAGAUCAAUAUUACCAGUAACCAAAAAUCAACUGAAACCAAAAGUAGUGCCAGAUGACAUUACCAGGCAGAAGAGGAAAAUUACCCAGAAUCGUCAGAAAACUUAUUUCGAUGUUGGAAGCCGAAAACUGUCAAGUUUGUCGCCAGGACAAAGAGUUAGAUUCAGACACAGAGGACAGUGGCAACCCGGAUAUGUCAGGGAUCAAGUCCAUACCAGAUCAUACAACGUACAAGAUCAGAAUGGAGAUCAAUUUAGAAGAAAUCGAAGAGACAUCAUACAGUCAAAAGAAACCAGUUUUAAAGAACCUAUUGUUGAACUUGAUGACGAAGACGAAGAGACAGUGAGAGAAAAAGAAACAAGUAAUACAGAAGCUGGAAACCCGGACACUACAGAAGUUGAAGACGCGAGAAGUCCAGACAUUGUUCAGCAAGUGCAACCGUACAAAACGCGUGCAGGCCGAGAAGUGCGUCGUCCGAAAUAUCUUAGUGAAUAUGUGUGA